AUGGCUGACGAACAACCUGCCGCCGCCCCCGCCGAAGAGGUGCCCGCUGAGGCUGCCCCAGCCGAAGAGGCCGCCCCCGCCGAAGAAGCCGCCCCCGCUGAGGAAGAGCAAAAGAUCGACCCUGAGUACCCCAAGCCCGAUCCCUUUACUGCUUCCGCUGCUGAUGUCUCUGCUCCUGAAGCUGGCUCUGCUGUUGCCUACGUCAACGUAGCUGGUGGUAUCCCUGAUGCCGCUACUUCUGUUGUUGCUGACGGCUUCGAAGUCACUGGUGCUGCUCCUACUUUUACUUUGACGAAAAAGAACAUUGGAUUUGGCGAUGCCACCAAGUUUUCUUACACUGCUACCUGUGGCGAAGAAUCUGAUAACGGAAGCUUCAGCAUCAAGGUCGGCCCAGCUGCUGCCUACGAAUACGAAGGCAAGUACCCUAAGGGAGUUGCCGCCGAAGAUGCUGAAUUCCGAGCCGCUCUCCGAAAAGUCCAGAAAUUCUCUAUCGGCAAGAAGGUUUCUGAUGCUAAAGAAGAUAUUUGGGCUCUUCUCAAGUCCGCUAAUCCUCGUGAAUACGAUAGAAUCGCAUUCAACUGGGGCAUCAAUGAUUUGCGAAAGCUUUUGAAAACUCUUGCUAACGCUAAGAAAAACAACAAGAAGUCUACUUCUUUCCCAACUAAGCUUGACGAUACUCAAUGCAGCAAUAUCGGUGACAAGAUCACUCUCGCCGUCGUUACCGCUAAUGAGGCCAUGAAUGUCAAGUGGAGCUUCAAUGGCAAGGAUGUCGGCAAGCUCGCCCGACCUCUCGCCAAGGGCUGCAACAAGCAGCUCAUUAUCGACUCUGUCGGUCUCGAACACCACGGUCAGUGGGCCGCUACUGUUGGUGAGGACAAGACCUGCUGUGAAGUUUUCGUCCGAAAACCAGCUGUCACUCUCACCUCUGGAUUCUCUGAUGUCCAGGCUUCUGCCGGUGAGGAGGUCACUUUUACCGCCACUAUGUCCGCUGAUGAUGGUCGAUACAAACUUCUUAAGGACGGUAUCGAGUUCGGUACUACCGACAAGAUUUCUGUUACCCAGGAGGGUACCAAGAUCACUGCUGUCGUCCACAAGAUCACCUCCGAAGAUUCUGGCUUCUACCAGAUCAAGGUCAACGGUGGCUCUUCUUUCGCUGAACUCAUCGUCUCUGGUGCCGCUGAGGCUCCCAAACCAUUGUACCAGAUGAGCGUUUCUGGUGAUGUUACUGUUGCUUGCGAUCUUGCCGAUGAAAAGGCCGCUGGCAAAUGGUUCAAAGGAGGCAAGGCUGUCGCUGAAUCUGAUCGAGUUGUCAUCGAGGCUGAUGGAGUUUCCCGAAAGCUCAAUAUCUCUGCCUUCGCUGCGAUUGACGUUGGUACAUACGAGUUCAGAACCGAGGGUGCUGCCAAGCCAGCGACAUCUUUCUCUGUGACUGCCAACGGUCUUUCUACUUCCCUUGGGCUCCCACAGGUUGCUCUUUCCGCUGGCGAUCUUGGCCUUACCACUCGAGGCACUGCUUCCUUUACCGUUGCUGCCGCUGAGAAGGUCGCUCUUACCUCUGAGGGCAAAGAAGUCUCUUUCGACGGUGGACGUAUGAAGUUUGUCGAAUCCCCGACCGCGAUGAUCAUUGAGAACGCCUGGGCUACUGACUCUGGCAAAUACGACUUCGGCGACAAAUCUAUCAACGUCGCUGUCUUCGAUGUCCCCACUCAGCCUGGUAAACCCGUCAUCUCCGACCUCACCGAUGAGACCUGCCGAGUUGACUGGACCCCACCUAAGUCCAACGGUGGCUCGAACAUUACCUCCUACACCGUUCAGCGAAAGCGAAAGGGAGAGACUACUUGGGUCUCAGUUGGCUCUGCUACUCUCCACAACUACCUCGCCCGACGACUUGUCGAUGGGCAGUCCUACCAGGUCCGAGUUAUCGCUAACUCCGCUAUCGGCGCUGGCGAGCCCUCUGAUGUCUCUGAACCAUUCACUCCUCUUGCUCCUUCAGGACCAGUUACUUCUCUUCGAGCUGGCAAGCAGACUGAUACUGCUAUCGAACUCAAGUGGAACAUUCCUGAAGAAAUCGGUGCUGCUGGUAUUGACGGAUAUGCCAUCCAACUUCAGAUCCUCCCAGGUGGUCUUCGAGAUGCUGACCCCGCUGCCGCUACUGAGGAAGGCUGGAAGGAAGCUGUUGCUGGCUAUGUUGACGCCACUGAGAGCUCUGUCAACCUUGUUCGACUGACUACUGGCAAGAACUACAUGUUCCGAAUGACCGCCAAGAACCAGGCCGGUUCCUCUUCUUGGGCUACUCUUGGUCCCGUCUGUUGCGCUGCUAGCGUCGAGGACCCCAAGAUCCUUCUCCCACGAAACCUUAAGAAGACCCUCAAGAUCAACGUCAAUGAUAAAGUCCACGUCAACGUUCCCUUCCAGGGAGCUCCCAAGCCAAAGGUUACCUGGACCAAGCUCGUCGAGGUCUGGCCCGAACCCAUUCCAGCUGCUGAAGAAGGUGGUGAGCCCACUCAACCUCCAGCUGAGAUCAAGGAAGAACCACUUGAUAGCGCAUUCACCGUCCGAACUACUAAUGACUCCUCUGUAAUCUUUGUCCGAAACGCUUCUCGGGCUGAGACUGGCACCUACAAGAUCACUGUCGAGGUACAGGAUCUCUCUGCUUCCGCUACAAUCGAUAUUGCCGUCGUCGAUGUUCCAUCUAAGCCAAGAAAGCUCCAGAUUGUUGAAACCAUCGGCACCUCUGUUCAGCUCCAGUGGGAAGCCCCCAAAGACAACGGAAAUCUCGAUAUUCUCGGAUACUCUGUUGAUAAACGAGACAAGCGAUCUGGCCCAGACAGUGAAUGGUAUGUUGUCUAUGACAAAGUUCGACACUGCAACGCUAAUAUUGACGAACUCAUCGUUGGAAACGACUACCAGUUCCGAGUUCGAGCCAUCAAUGAAGUUGGCGCUGGAGAAGGCACUGCUACCAAAGAGUUCGCUACUAUUGCCAAGGAAACAACUACCUACACUAAGCCCGCUUACCCAGAGAUGAACUUCGACAUCACCCCCGAGUUCACUACUCCUCUCAACAACAGAAAGAUCAUGCUUGGCUAUUCUGGUACUAUCACCUGUGCUUUGAAGGCCAACCCCAGACCAAAGAUCCGAUGGUUCAAGAAUAAGAUGGAGAUCAUCGACAACCCCAAGUACAAAAUGAGCUGGGGACAGGGUAUCAUUCAGCUUGAAAUCCGACGCGCUCGACUUGGCGAUGCUGGAACCUACACCGUUCAAGCUGAAAACGAUCUCGGAACCGUUACUCAAUCCUGUGAAGUUGCUGUCCGAGAGGCCCAGAACUUCAGUUUCUAA